AUGUCCUUAGAACAGGUUUUCUCGUCCACAGAGCUAAGCGUCGUCGUUCCCGACACCUCUCUCGAAUUCCCUCCCCAAUCCUCAGUGGACGAAUGGCUAGGCCGCGUCAAGAUCGGCAAGGUCGAGCGCAAACAGGCGUUCUUUGAUGAACAGUUGCAAUCGCUUCUCCUGCUCAGAAUCCCACAUCCUACACCAGAUAACCCAGCAGACCCCAAGAACCCGCCAUUGAUCUUGCUCGAGUUCCUGAACUAUUUGCAGAUCUCGUUGGAGGCGAAUUAUUUGGCACCAUUGCCUUCUCAUGUCCCUGCGGUAGCUGAGACGCCUCGGACCUCGUCGUUGUUAUCAGCUCCUCCCCGUGUUACGACCUCGCUCGCGAAAUCGGCGCAGCUCAGUGCAACGGGUCGCCAUCCCCCGAUCUUCCCUCCAGCAACACCAAACCCGGUACCAUCGACAGGCGAGCAAGACAGACAAUAUGCUGGUGCGGAAGGGCCGUUCCUAGCUGCUAUCAUUUGGGGCAACAAUGUAUCGGAAGAGUCGAAGGAGGCGUUCAGUUUGCUAUGGUCAGAGAAGGAGAAGGUGUGGGUUGCAGUUUAUCGGAUGGUUCUGACAGUUUCGUUCGUCAAGGCCAUCACGUUCCCAAAUCCAGUUCUGUCCCUCACAGUCUCCACGACGCUACGAGAUAAACCAAUCGUCACUUCUGAACGACACCCACUCGCGCGGUUCCUCUCGACACUGGGCGUAAAGGCGCCAGAAUCCCCCGUGGAUACAGGGGAAGGUAACAACAAGCAAGAUUCUGAAAUUCUAUUGGAUGGCCUGGAGGAAGUCAAUCUGCUGGAAGGACUGUUGGCAGGUCCUUCGUUCGCGAAGAUGGGUCCGGAAGAGAUCAACGUACCGUCCCUGCGUCUUGGAGUCGUCUCGCGCCAGAAACUCUUCUCGCUACCGCCUAUGAUUGCAGACACCCCGAACGUUCCCUCCCCUUCACCCAUGACUGCUGUUCGCAAAGCGCAUCCCACCCUCCGCAAGUCCCACCGAAAGACACUGCCAACCGUCUCGUCGUUCGAACUGCGAAUGCGAACGGUGUUCGUACCCUAUGUCCUUCUGCCGGAAACCGAGGGCUCUUCUUCAGACGUCGACGAACAAGAGAAGGAAAGAGAGAGGCGAGAGGCCGGUAGUGCUGAGCGAACAGUGGUUCUCUGCAUCGAGAUCAAGAACCUUGGUGAACACCAAGAAAUGCGAAGCGGAAUCGGUUUCCUCAUCGAAAACAUCGCUAUCAAGAUUGCAGGGGAAGGAGCAAAGACUACACUAAUUGGAUGGGGCGAGAAUGGAUUGACUGCAAAGGCUUCUGAAUCGACAUUCCCCUUGAAACUGGGACCUUUGGCUCAGGUCAACCUAUUAUACGCCGUGACAUUCCUUCGAUCUCCAGAUGAACUGGACGGGUUCUCGUUUGCGAAACCCGACGCAAAGCCAAAGUCUGAUCUUCGACGGGGUGUGUCGAUCACUGUGAAUGGGCAGCCAUACCUUCCGUUGACGCCGUCCGCUCGAGCGCAUCUCACUGAACCGGACAGUAUCACUUAUCCCACGAAUGUAUUCUCCUCUGUAUGGAGCACCAUCCUUGACCUCGAUUCCAAUCCUGCGCCCGUCCUCGAUCCCUUCGACCCGUCUGAUCCACUUGGAGGAUAUCCCAACACGCUCCCUGAACCAGCCUCGCCUUUCCCCACGUUCGCUAUCGGCUCAGCACGAGGAACGCCCAUGACACCCCUAGGCUCUGCAGCCUACUAUCAACAAUAUUCAACAGACAUAACGCCACAAUCCUCCGCCUUCCCGGGCCAACGCAAGUUCCCACUCACACCCGGAGGCUACUUCCAGGCCAAACUCAGCCGCGGGCUUGCCCCAUCCCGCAUGUCCGCAUCAGCACACCACCAGCAACUGCAACAGUACGGCUACUCGCCUGGGGUGGUACCCGCAACGAGUCGAACGCCAGCUGUCUACACGCCUCCACCUCCAUCUUCGAUCAUGGGUGCGAUGAACUACCUCCGGUCUCCGACGACCUACAGUGCGCCUGUGCCUCAGCACCCUCCUCCGCAUUCCCCGCUCGCUGGGCAGCCGUUCACACCGGACUAUGAUGAACAGAGUUUGGUGGCAGCUGCGCCGUCGUUUGAUAUACCGCCUACGCCUGCUUAUCCUGCGUUCCCGCAAAAAUCGACGCUACCUCCUAGUCCGAAGAGUUUAGGACCUAUUGCAUCGCAGGCGCAGAACAACGUAGGGCCGAGCGUUGAGAUAAGGAGGGAUAGACCUCAUUCGAUGAUGUCGAUGGCGGGUGGUGCGAUGGGUCCGGGCGGUGGUGGUGGUGGGGUGUAUCCUGGUAUGGUCGGCCCUGGAGGGAGGCCGACGACGCCGAUCCCGCACGUCGCAGCUGCGUUUGGAGAGCAAAGGAUGUUUAAUAAGCUUGCGAAUUCGGGGGUGAGUGGGGAGAAUGUUGUGGUUUCUGUUGGGUUGUUGCCCAAGGUUGAUUCGUGGGAUGAGGAAGGAUGGGAUUCGGAUUCGAGUUCUUCGUCGUCUUCGUCGUCUUCAUCCUCAUCCUCAUCAUCGUCUUCGUCUUCAUCUUCAUCUUCGUCAUCUUCAUCAUCUUCGUCGUCCUCAGGCUCAGGCUCAGAUUCGGAGUCGGGGUCAGAAUCAGAAUCAGAAGACGGAGAUGGGUCCAAGGAUUCCGGCUCUGAAGACUCCGCGUCGUCUGCUACGGGUGCUUCAAAGGCCUCAAUCAAGGUGUCUGAGCAGGGGGAGGAGAGCGAAGUAGAGGAGGAGAAAGAGAAGGAGAGCGAGGUAGAGGAGGAGAAGGAGAAGGAGAAAAUCACGAAGGACAAGUCUGACAAGGGGGAGGAAAGUGAGGAGGAGAAGGACGAGGGGAUAGAGGAGAAGGAGAAGGCGGGGAAAGGUGACAGUGACAGGGAGAGUGAAGGGGAGAAGGACGAGGGGAUAGAGGAGAAGGAGAAGGCGGGGAAAGGUGACAGUGACAGGGAGAGUGAAGGGGAGAAGGAGAAGAAAGUCGAGAAGGAGAAGAAGAAAGAGAAGAAGAAGGAUAAAGUGGAGUCGGACGAGGGUGAGGACGGUGAUGACGAGAAGGAGGAGGAGAAAGAGGAGAAGAAGGAGAGUGACGGGGAGAGCGAGGAGGAGGAGGAGGAGGGAAAGAAGGCUAAGAAGAAGAAGAAGGACAAGGGGAAGAAGGACAAGGACAAGGAAGAGAGUGACGGUGAGAGCGAGGACGAGGAAAAGGAAGAGGAAAAGAAAGAGAAGAAGAAGAAGGAAAAGGGCAAGAAAGACAAAGGGAAGAAGGAUAAGGACAAGAAAUCGAAAUCGAAAGACAAGUCCAAGCACAAAGAAAUCAUCCUAGGCCCUGACAAGAUCUACCCCCUCUCCACCUUCACCCUCGACAUCUUCGUAUUCAACCAAAGUGCCUGGACGCGGAGGUUCGAGAUUACCUGUCCGGAGAGGCGGCGGAGGAGGCGGGGAGGGGCGCAGAUGGGUGUGUAUGGAGGUGGUGGGGAGGCUGCAAGGAAGAUGGGGUAUCCGGGUGUGUUGCCUAUGGAUAAGAGGGUACGAAUUGGACCUCUGAGACCGUCGGCGUGCCAGUCUGUACGGAUGGAUUUCCUCGCCGUGUCGCCUGGUGUGCACUCGAUUGAUACUCUCACGUUGACGGAUAUUGAGUCUGGUUUCUCCAUGAACCUUCGAGCGGUACUAGAUGUGGUCGUACACGACCCGAACGAUUGA